AUGGGCUAUUGUUCAGCUCAGUGCCUUGGUGUGUUCCGAGGUUGUCUGCGUUUGUGCUACUUGGACGUAGACACCAAUACUCUGUUUGUUUGGGAGUUGAAAGGAGAAAAAGAAGAUCAUUGUGAUGUGUUGGUGGUCGAUGGAGCUGCCAAAUUGUGCUUCAAACACAAGAAGACGAUUUAUCCGCUGGACCAAAUGUUUUGGGAUCACGAUGGUCUGGUGUUGGAGCUGCUAGCUUUUGACCCGAAUAAUGAGAAUUGCUUGUAUCUGAAUAUCGGCGGAGAUAUAAUCAGCUGCAACAUAAUUACAAGAAAGUGGUCCAAGGUAGCUUCAUUGGAGAGUGGGAUUAAUGUUAAUAGUUACUUCUACCCAUUUGUGCUCCCAUGGUGGCCGACACCAGUUCCUAGACUACCACAGCCCAUAGCUUAG